AACGCCGCUAGCUCCUGCCAUCAUCACUCUCCCUUCCAUCGAUCGAUCGCCUUUCGCUAUUCGUUCCCACAUUUUCUUGAUUAUUACUAUCGUUUAUUUCUCCGGGUGGGGGUCGAUCAUGAGCAACCAACCAACCAUGGCGGCGACGGCGCCCGUGCGCGCGUGGGUGGUGGUGCUGGUGUUGGUGCUGGCGUGCGCGCUGCUCCAGCCGCGGCCGUCCGACGCCGCGGCGCCCGCCCCGCAGCAGGCGGCGCCGGCGGCGGUGUCGUCGGGCGCGGCCAAGCCCAAGUGCGUGGCCGGCGCCAAGAACGACAAGGCGUGCCGCGUCGGCGCGAUAAACAACCCGGAGAACCAGGAGGAGGAAGGGUCCAGCGUGACGCUCAAGGCGCCCGCCGCCGCGCCCGACAGCGACGACGACGACGGCAGCGACUACAACGACCCCGACGUGCCCAACGACGACCAGCUCAUCGUCGUCGGACACUGAAAGCUGCCCCGCGCCCGCCGCCGACCCCAUGCAUGGAUUAUGUAUGUCAUGCAUGAAGAUUGAUGGAAGGGGAUGGACCGCCCGGUUAACGGAUCGAUCGAUCUCUCUCGGUGUCAAUUCGUGAUCUUGACCGGUCGAAACAGAUGGGACUUGCAUGUUUGUUUCAUUCUUGCAUUGAUUGUUCCUUGUUAACUACAGUAGUAGUGUGUAUGGUAAAAUCGGUUAACGCUUAUUAAUCACAAAGUGUGCUGUGAACUUGCCAUCCUUUUA